AUGAAUCCACGCAUGCUCAAAGCUGGUGACUCGCCUCCAACGACGCAGAUCUCUCAGCCUCCUGGGCAUCGUGUUACUUUCCGCAGGACUCUGCUUCCGUUCCUGGUCAACGAUGCGUUCCAGGAGCAGCAGGACCUUUCCUCCUUGCCAUGCGGGUCCAGAGGCAGAUGUAGAAAGCGAGAAGAACUGGCCACGGAUGUAUUUCCAGGAGGACCGGGGAACAUCGCUGGGAAAGGCUUUCUGGGGCCGGUCGACGGACGAGAAGUGGGGAGAGUUUGCGGAAGGUGA